UGAUCGAGUACCCCCUCAAAUACCCGGAGGUAUACGCGUAUCUUGGGGUUGAACCUCCCCGUGGGAUCCUUCUGCACGGGCCGCCGGGGUGUGGGAAAACCUUGUUGGCGAACGCCG